AUGAAGACUGAGUACAAGUUUUCUAACUUGUUGGGAACUGUUUACCGUCAGGGAAACUUACUCUUUAGUCCUGACGGCACAUGUCUAUUCUCACCAGUCGGAAACCGAGUAACGAUCUUUGAUUUGGUAAACAACAAGUCACACACUCUACCUUUUGCGCAUCGAAAGAAUAUCACAUGGCUCGGUCUCACUCCGCGGGGGAAUCUGCUACUAUCAAUUGAUGGAGAUGGCCAAGCAAUACUAACAAACGUGCCCCGAAAAGUUGUACUUCAUAGGUUCUCAUUCAAAGCCAAAGUAACUACACUUGCCUUUUCUCCAUCGGGACGUUAUUUUGCAGUUGGUUUAGGGCGCUUAAUAGAAGUUUGGCACACACCAUCUACACCUGAUCAAAAUCAGGAUGGCGAGCUCGAAUUCGCACCAUUUAUACGACAUCAUGUGCAUGCAGGACAUUUCGACAUAGUUCAAAGUAUCGAAUGGUCUAGUGACUCUCGAUUUUUUUUAAGUGCGUCCAAGGACAUGACGGUAAAAAUAUGGAGCUUGGAAACCGAGGAAGGAUUUGUUCCUACAACGCUCGCGGGACAUAGAGAAGAGGUUUUAGCAGCUUACUUCUCGGAGGAUCAGGAGACGAUCUAUACUAUCAGUCGAGAUGGAGCGGUCUUUCACUGGGCAUUCCUUUCAUGCGAGUCAAAGAGAAUUAAUAAUGUUUCAGACCAACUAGACGAUGCAGCCAAUGAAGACCUACGAUGGAGAAUUAAAGAACGGCAUUAUACAAUGCUACCUAACGCUAAAGUCAAGUGCUCUGCUUAUCACCCUAAAUCAAAAAUCUUAGUGGCAGGAUUUUCUAACGGUGUAUUUGAGCUUUAUGAAAUGCCAGAAUUCAACAAAAUACACAGUCUCAGUAUCUCUCAGAAUAACAUUGACUUCGUAACAAUUAACAAGAGCGGUGAAUGGUUAGCAUUCGGAGCUUCAAAACUCGGACAGCUAUUAGUCUGGGAAUGGCAAUCAGAAUCCUAUAUCCUAAAACAACAAGGUCAUUUCGAUUCAAUGAAUGCCCUAACAUACACACCCGAUGGACAAAAGAUCAUAACUGCAGCUGACGACGGAAAGGUUAAGAUAUGGGAUGUAAAGACGGGCUUCUGUAUCGUUACUUUUACAGAGCAUUCGAGUGGUGUUACAGCUUGUGAGCUUGCUAAAAAAGGAAGUGUUCUGUUUACGUCUAGCUUGGACGGCUCAAUAAGGGCUUGGGAUUUGGUAAGAUACAGGAAUUUCAGGACUUUUACAGCCCCUACACGACUACCAUUUUCUUGCUUAGCUGUUGAUCCAAGUGGCGAAGUGGUUUGUGCUGGGUCUAUUGAAUCCUUUGAUAUUCAUAUCUGGUCCGUACAAAAUGGACAAUUGUUAGAUCGGCUGGCUGGCCAUGAGGGCCCUGUUUCAUCUCUGAAAUUUUCUCCUAACGGUGGUCUGGUUGUGAGUGGGAGCUGGGAUCACAGUGUUAGAUUAUGGUCUGUUUUUGAUAGAACACAAAGCAGUGAGGCUCUUCAACUUCAAUCCGAUGUUCUGGACAUAGCAUUUCGACCGGACUCUAAACAAAUCGCCGUUUCUACUCUAGACGGCCAGCUUACCUUUUGGUCAGUAUCAGAAGCCCAGCAACAGUCAGGAAUCGACGGUAGAAGAGACGUCUCGGGUGGCCGGAAGAUAACCGACCGACGAACCGCUGCCAACGCUUCUGGAACCAAAAGUUACAACACAAUAAGCUAUAGUUCCGACGGCACUUGUGUCCUAGCUGGAGGAAACAGCAAAUAUAUCUGCUUGUACUCUGUGGACUCACUUGUACUUUUGAAAAAAUUUACAGUCAGCGUCAACUUAUCUUUAUCUGGAACACAGGAGUUUCUCAACAGUAAGCUCAUGACUGAAGCUGGUCCCUUGGGGCUCAUCGACCAGCAAGGAGAAGCAUCCGACCUUGAAGAUCGUGUAGAUAGGACACUUCCAGGCUCCAAUCGUGGAGGGGAUCCGUCCGUUCGGAAGCAUAUGCCAGAAGUUCGAGUGUCUAGCUUGGCAUUUGCACCCACUGGAAGAGCAUUUUGCGCGGCCUCUACCGAGGGAUUGCUGAUUUACAGCCUGGACACGAUGGUCAUAUUUGAUCCACUUGAUCUAGACCUAACAAUAACCCCUGCAUCGAUUUGUCAUGUUCUCGAAAGAGAUAAGGAUUAUCUGAAGGCAUUAAUUAUGGCUUUUCGUUUGAAUGAGGAAACCUUAAUACAUCGAGUUUUUCAGGGAGUUCCACCGAGGACAAUUCCUCUCUUAGUCAAGGAUUUACCAAUAGUAUACCUACCACGCCUCAUUCAGCUCGCCGGUAUCCAAACUGAAGAGUCACCUCAUCUUGAGUUUUGUCUCAAUUGGGUUCGAGAGAUUCUAGUAUCGCAUGGGGAAUGGAUUCGCGAAAAUCGUGGUAUUGUUGAGACCGAAUUAAGAGUCAUUGGUAGCGCCGUUGCCAAAAUGCGGGAUGAACUAAGGCGAUUAGCUGAUGAAAACUGCUUCAUGAUUGACUACUUUUUGAGUCAGCCAGUAGAGCCUGUUAUUGCGAAUACGUCAUAG